CAAUUAGAAAAGAACAAAACACAUCUGGAGCGUCUAGACGUUAAUACCGAACUUACCUUAAUUACCCAAAAUCACAGCAAAAUUUUGAAAUCAGUCAACAAGGUAAAGUUAUAAUCGCAGAUUUUAUAACUGUGUAAAAUAUUUGUAGAACUAGUUUCGUAAAUGCGAAAUAAAAUGACUGAACAUGGUGCUGCACUACAGACUUAUAAUCAAGAAUUAGUAAAAUGUUUAGAAGAUUUAAAGUUUAAGAGAAAUGAAAUUGUUGAUGUAAUAUACAAAGAAGAAGCUGAAAAGGUAAUUUUAGAAAAAAAAAUAGAAGCACUACAAAAUAGGUUAACACUGUUAAAUAAAAGUUUAGAACAUCAUAAAUACAUGUAUGAAAGUUAUGAUAAAACAAUUAAGGAAACUGAAGAUGGUUUUAAAAAGAUUUUGGAAAGCAGUCAAGCCCUCUUACAUUUAGCUCAACACGAAGCUAAUAAAUUAGAUUGUAAUACAAAUUCUAAAAAAGAAAUUAUUCCACAAUACAAUAACAGUAAUGUAUAUGAUGCUAUUUACUAACAGUCCUUAUAUUAUUUAAAACUAAUUUAUU